AUGGCCUCUUCCACCGAACAACCCGAAUACGGCGACUACGAAACCGCGCUAAAGACGCUCGUCGAUCAAUCGGCCGGUCCUAACGAAGUCAAGAACGGACCUUCGACGACGGUGCGCGUGCAAGGCGAUGAACUUGAACAAGGUCGAUUGAACGUUCAGGCUCCGGCCGCGGAGCGUACGACGCACAAGUGGUUGAGCAGGUUUGUGCCAAAGUUGGAAAAGUGAGUUUAACGGGUUCAUGGAGCCGAAAAAGGGGGGAGGGGAGGGGAGGGGGAGGGAGGGAGGCGUCGUCGUUAGGAUGUCUCGGCGACCGCGGCUGCCUGCUCGUGGAGCAUGUGGGGCUGCACCGUUGUCAGCUCACUGCAGCAGGGCCGUAUGCUCGUAUGCUGGCAAUCGAAAGCUGGGGCGGCCCGAGCGCGAAGAGCAUAUAACAAACACUAAAGUGGUCGUCUACUGAUAUCUCCUUUUCCGGCUGUGAUCGCACAGUGUAAGUCCGCGUCCCAUCUUUCAUCCGACAAGCGCCCCGCGCUCCGCUUGGUUUCGCGCUUCUAGAACGUAUUUGUAUUCGUCAUCAACAGAUUCCGAAAGAGCUACCUACUACGAGCAUCUCCAAGCGGAGAUGUCAUUCUUCCUUGCCACAUCGGUGACACCAACUUUCCUACUCCCAAAAUCCUUCCACAACUCGCCUCGAAAGAACAUUUCGGCAACUUGGUCGCCACGGCGCGGGGUGAGAACCCACCCAAGAUCUGGGAAUCGAUGCCUAUCUACGUCCGACUAGGAAUGCAAGCCCUCUACCACGGUCGAGAACAAGCCCAUCUCUUAGCGACCAAGAGAGUCGAAUCAUUCCUCCGUGAACAAUCGAUCAAACAAGGCGAAUUGUACGAUUCCCCUCAAGGAGCGUUGCAACAUAUUCAACAAUUCGUCAAGACGUAUUCGAUCGAUACCCAAUGUCUUUUACAACCGAAUUUGGAGGAGUACAGGACUUUUAACGAGUUCUUUUACAGAAAGUUGAAGGAGGGGGAGAGGAAGGUUGCGGCGGAAGGGGAUGAGCGGGUGGUGAGCUCGGCGGCGGAUUGUCGGUUGACCGUGUUUCAGUCUGUCGAGUUGGCAAAGGAGUAUUGGAUCAAGGUGAGCUGGUGACUAUUCAACACAUGGCAAGGUUGAGGUCGCACUCGGCUAGUUUAUCGUGCCGUCGACCACAGGGCCAACAAUUUACCCUAGCCAACCUUUUCCAAGACGAAGAAAUGGCCAAGCAAUUCGAAGGUGGCGAGGUCGCCAUCUUCCGACUAGCGCCGGCCGAUUAUCAUAGGUUCCACUCGCCUAUCAAGGCUGUCGUUGGGCCGACGAAAUAUAUCGAGGGGCAAUAUUAUACGUGAGUCAUCAUCCGAAGCGAGAGAGGUGAGAUGGGGCGGGGGAACUACGCUGAUUUCGUGCUGGAAUCGAUCGGCGUGCGCAGCGUCAACCCUGUGGCCGUGAACGAGGAUCUCAACGUCUUUACCGAAAAGUGAGCCAACGUCCUGAAUCAAGAAUAAAUUCAGUUUCAUUGGGUUUCUGACCACUUCCUACUGUGUUCUUUAACCGGCUGUCAUAGUAAACGAGAUGGUACGGAGGUGGCAGCACUCGAACAAUCCGUCGGCUCGAUAGGACUACCGAUCAGCUGACCCCUUUUUGCUUGGGCAUCCAGUCACUCUUUUGAGAAUUCCUGAUGAAGGAAUUCCCAAAAAUGUUGCGUUCGUUCAAAUUGGCGCUAUGCUGGUAAGCGACCUACCUCAAUCGGCAGCGUUUCUGACGGGCAUCUGGCUCACACUCUCGAAACUUCGCCUCUACCCAUCAGGUCGGGAGCAUCGUACAAACGGUCGCUGAGGGUGAUCAAGUCGCGCGAGGAGGUGAACUAGGAUAUUUCGGUACGUUUUCAUAUUCAAGUCGGAAACAAGCGAUGGCCACCCAGGAGUUUGGGCUCCAAUCUCCGAACCGAAAACGCGCCGCACGAAUUGAUCACGACCUUUGGUCGCGCGCACAGCUUAUGGCGGUUCGACCGUCCUAUGCGUCUUCCCAGCUGGUCAAGUGCAUUGGGAUGAGGAUCUAUUGCGUAACUCCAAGCAGAAGAUGGAGACCGCCGUCAAGGUGCGUAAUGUGAGAGCUGAGAAUGAUGGCGGGUGA